ACAGGAGGCCACGCCCAACCAAGCAGAGCGUGGCCCCAGCAAGCGCCGAGCUCCCGCAAGGAGACCAAAUAGCUUCGGGGUUUUGCCACUAGCUUAGCACAGGCCCAUCACCGGGGACUCAAGGCACCUUUGUAGAAAGAAUGAGUGACUGGAGUCCCAGGUCUUGCCACUACAGAGACGUGUAUGAACUACAGCUCAACACUACGUCUACGCCGAAGUUCAGGUUAGUCGGAGGCCAGGCCCACCGCAGGCCCGAAAACACCAGCCUGCACGGGUGCGCCGGGUUGUGCGCAGGCGCCACCUGCCACGCACGCACGCACGCACGCACGCCUUGCGCCGCCCCUUCCGGAGGCUCGCUGCACUCAUGCGCCCUCCGUCCCGCGCUUUGUUGCGAAAGCGAGGGGGCGAGGUCCUGCGGUGCUAGAGCGCGGCGCGACCAGACGCUGCGGGCGGGGCGGAUGAUGGAGGCUGUAGCGUCCGCUGCGACGGUUGGGGCUGCGCGUGAGAAGGUGGCGGUGUAGGCACCUGCGCUCGGGGAAGGCUGGCGGCGGCGGCGGCCGGGCCAUGGCGGGAGACCCCCUUCUCUGGGCUCCCUAAAGUCUCGGGGAGCCGUGACCCAUGGGAUCGUUGAGCAGCCGGGUGCUGCGCCAGCCAAGACCAGCCCUUUGCCAGCAGGCGCAAGGUGCCAGGGCGGGGGGCUCGGCCCGGAGGCCGGACACUGGAGACGAUGCGACGGGCCACGGCUUCUGUUACUGUCCGGGCAGCCACAAGCGCAAGCGGAGCAGCGGGGCCUUCUGCUACUGUCACCCUGACUCGGAGACGGACGAGGAUGAGGAGGAGGGGGACGAGCAGCAGCGGCUCCUCAACACCCCUCGAAGGAAAAAAUUAAAGAGUACAUCUAAAUAUAUUUAUCAAACAUUAUUUUUGAAUGGUGAAAACAGUGACAUUAAGAUUUGUGCUCUAGGAGAAGAAUGGAGCUUACACAAAAUAUAUUUAUGUCAAUCUGGCUACUUUUCUAGUAUGUUCAGUGGUUCUUGGAAAGAAUCCAGCAUGAAUAUUAUUGAACUGGAGAUUCCUGACCAGAACAUUGAUGUAGAAGCACUGCAGGUUGCAUUUGGUUCACUGUAUCGAGAUGAUGUCUUGAUAAAGCCCAGUCGAGUUGUUGCCAUUUUGGCAGCAGCUUGUUUGCUGCAAUUGGACGGUUUAAUACAGCAGUGUGGUGAGACAAUGAAGGAAACAGUUAAUGUGAAAACUGUAUGUGGCUAUUACACGUCAGCAGGGACCUAUGGAUUAGAUUCUGUAAAGAAAAAGUGCCUUGAAUGGCUUCUAAACAAUUUGAUGACUCACCAGAAUGUUGAACUUUUUAAAGAACUCAGUAUAAAUGUCAUGAAACAGCUCAUUGGUUCAUCUAACUUAUUUGUGAUGCAAGUGGAGAUGGAUAUAUACACCGCUCUAAAAAAGUGGAUGUUCCUUCAACUUGUGCCUUCUUGGAAUGGAUCUUUAAAACAGCUUUUGACAGAAACAGAUGUCUGGUUUUCUAAACAGAGGAAAGAUUUUGAAGGUAUGUCCUUUCUUGAAACUGAACAAGGAAAACCAUUUGUGUCAGUAUUCAGACAUUUAAGGUUACAAUAUAUUAUCAGUGAUCUGGCUUCUGCAAGAAUUAUUGAACAAGAUGCUAUAGUACCUUCAGAAUGGCUCUCUUCUGUGUAUAAACAGCAGUGGUUUGCUAUGCUGCGGGCAGAACAGGACAGUGAGGUGGGGCCUCAAGAAAUCAAUAAAGAAGAACUAGAGGGAAAUAGCAUGAGGUGUGGUAGAAAGCUUGCCAAAGAUGGUGAAUACUGCUGGCGUUGGACGGGUUUUAACUUCGGCUUCGACCUACUUGUAACUUACACCAAUCGGUACAUCAUUUUCAAACGCAAUACACUGAAUCAGCCAUGUAGCGGAUCUGUCAGUUUACAGCCUCGAAGGAGCAUAGCAUUUAGAUUACGUUUGGCUUCUUUUGAUAGUAGUGGAAAACUAAUAUGUAGUAGAACAACUGGCUAUCAAAUACUUACACUUGAAAAGGAUCAGGAACAAGUGGUGAUGAACUUGGACAGCAGGCUUCUGAUCUUCCCUUUAUAUAUCUGCUGUAACUUCUUGUAUAUAUCACCAGAAAAAAAGAAUUGAAAAUAAUCGUCACCCAGAAAAUCCAGAAAGCUGAAGAUCUCAUCAGUUGGAAACAGUAGCACUUUGAAAACUUUUUAGGCCAGCUUUAAUUUAAUGGCCCUACUGAUAUUCACAUCUAAGGUGACUAACAAUGACAAAGGCCUUACGAACUGUACAGACAAUACAGAAGAUUAUUCUUAUCCUCAUUGCAUUUCUAUGCAUAUGCGAAAGAACAUUUUAAAGCCAAGAAAAUAUCUGUCAAACCAUUUCUGUUAGAAUGAUGUCAACUCAUGCUUUUAAUUUAGCAUCAAUAGAAAAUUGCUGUAGGUAAAUCUCACAUUUAUCUGCAACAAAAUAUAGAUUUAAUUUUUAGCUUAAACUUUGUUUCUGCCUUAUGUUAGUGGACCUCAGUUAUCCAUCUGUAAAUUUCUUUUUAUUUGGCUAAAAUAAUCUAAAAGAAUAAUUUGGAUGGCCAAUUAGAAAUGCUCUUUUCAGUUGGUGCAUUUAAAGCUUUCCUUUAACAUUUUCACCUGCUCAUUAUGAGUCCUCCUUUUAGUCUAAUAUCUUUCCAGUUCAUACUUGUUUUUAAUCAUUAAAUAUUUUCUUCCUGGUUUUGGAGACUAAGCUGAUAAACUUUUUUUAAAACUUAAGCAUUGUUAUUGCUAUUUUUUUUAAUUUGACUUCCUAGGAGUUUAAGAACAGUGAAAGUUAGCUUCGCACCUUCAAAUGAUCUUGAAUGAGGGAAAAAUCAGUUUGAUUCCAAGGAUAUUUCUUGCCUUAUAUGGUCUUUUCUUUGACAGUCUGUACACCUUUAUUAUUAGGUUUUGAAUUAUUUAUGUACCAGAUAUUAUAGUUUUAAACAUUUUAAUAUUCUCUGAUCUUUAGAAUUAUUUAUGUUCAAAUUUUAGUUGGGAACUUUGUUUCCUGCUUAAGCUCAGGACUUUUUACCCUCUGAAUUGAGUGCCUUUGAGUUACACAUGCUAAUAGAAAUUUCAUAGUAAAUGUAAAUAAGGUCAGAGGAUCUAAUAUGGAACCUGAUGAUGAAGCAUUAAUGUAAAAAUGGAACUUAUUUUUGUCAAAAAUGAGAUGUACACUUGUCAUGAUUUAUGUAUGUUGACCUUUUGUGUUUAUUACUGUUUUGAAAAUAGCCAUGUUCAUUUUCUUUCCAGUUAGAGUAAGUACUUCUGUGGUUAAUGUAUAUUUUUAUUACGGUUUUUAAAAUGGGAAUCAUUUUUAUGUAUCUGUGCAAAUAAUAAAUGCCCAUUUGGAAAAAGAGUAAGUAAGCUCUUACAUAAAAUGGACCAAAAAACCCCCCUUAAUUGAAACCAAAAUUUUUUCUUUUUAGUUAGGUUUUUUCCCAACUCCUUUUAACUUUUGGAAUUUAUUAAUAAUUUUUUUCUUUCUUAAUGAUAUGCCCAUAGGUUCAUAAAUUGCUUUUGUUCUUUUAAAAUUCAUCCAUUUGAUUUAACUUAAAGGAACCUUUUAAAUGCCUCACCCUUGACCCUCAGAGCUGGAAUUUAAAUGUUUCUAAUACAGUGAUUUGACUGUUAUCAAGAGGUUACAUUUCAGCUGGGCGUCAGCCAGGUGUGGUGGCUCACACCUGUAAGCCCAGCACUUUGGGAGGCCGAGGCAGGCAGAUCAUUUGAGGUCAGGAGUUUAAGACCAGCCAUGACCAACAUGGUGAAACCCCAUCUCUAUUAAGUACACAAAAUAAAA